GAAUAUAGGGAAAAGGUUUGCCUGGACCAACCGGAGAUAUAGGGAUGCCUGGAUUUCCAGGAGAAAAGGGAGAAAUGGGAGAAAAUGGCGAAAGAGGAAUAAUAGGAUUACCCGGCUUGCCUGGAGUAAUGGGCCUGCCUGGAAACCCUGGGGGAAUGAUCUCAAGAUCUGCAUUUUCUCAAAUCAAUGGAACUCCAAUGUUAGGGCUUCCUGGACCACCGGGACCUCGAGGCCCUCUGGGCUUACCGGGAAGGCCUGGUCUUAAGGGUGAAAAUGGAAUCCAAGGAAUUCAAGGUAACAAAGGAAACUCUGGGUCGCGAGGAGUCAUGGGAUUACCAGGUGUGUCAGGUCAUAGAGGAGAUAUGGGAUUUCCAGGCUUAACAGGCCCACCCGGAAUUAAAUAAGUUUUAUGUAUAUUGUAUUCCCUAUUUUUAAAGAAAUAUCAU